GCGACCGUAAACUUAAAAGUUUCUCAACAACUGGCGUUAGCCUCACCAACUAAUAUCGAGAACACUGAUAGGCCUAACUUUACGUCUGGUGUUUACACGUCUCAAACGGACUUUCUUGUGAUAAUGGAAGCUAAACCACAAGUUUUGGGGACAACAUCUAAGAUAAUUCCUCUUGCCUUACCCAAAGGAACGGAAAAGCUGUGUGAACUUUGUCAAAGAGGAGCGCACCUGCAAUGCGCCAAGUGUCGGGUCACAUUUUACUGCGAUGCAGAGCACCAGCAGGCAGACUGGGUGGGUAUCCAUGAGAGAAUCUGUCAGCUGCUUGUGCCCAUUCGCACACCGACACUCUUAAGUCUCCAACAGUCAGGCCGCAUUGAAAUGCAGCUUAAAAAGGCAGAGCUGAUUGAAAUUUGCAGAUUGGUGGCCCAGAGCAAGCUGUCUGAGGGGAAACACCAGGAGGCUCUGCCUGCGGCCCAGUUCUGCCUGCGCUGUUCUAUAGACGUCCAUGGCCGAAGUUCUGUCCAAAUGGUCCCUGCGUACCUGCUGCUGGCUGAGGCCAACAUGGGCUUGGGCAAUCUAGCCCUGGUGGCAGAGCUCCUGUCCCAGGCAGAGUGGGCGGUUUUGAAGAGCCCAGAAUGUGGUCAUGCAGUCCACCACCGGCUGCACAGAAGCCUGGGCCGCCUCCACACAGCGACUGGAAACCUGGAAGCAGCUCUGCUUAACUUUGCAAAUGAUAUAUAUUUUGCCAGUGAGGCGUAUGGUCUGGAUAGCACAAUCACCUGUGGUGGCUACUUUCACAUGGCUGGUGUGUUUUCCAAAAAGGGGAAGCUGCCCAUUGCCUGUUCCUUGUAUUCUGAGGUGGCACGUACUUGGCACAGCCAUCUGACCAAACUCUUCAAGACGCAUGUUGAAAAUGUCCACAAUCCUGACAUGUUGCUAAAGCCCUCUUAUGACAAAGCCCAGCGAGUUGAAGUGGACGAGAUGUUAAGAACCAUGUUGGAGUUUCAGCAAAAUGACUCCAGAAAAGACUUAUCUCAGAUUUCACUUUUAGCUCACUGUCUGGCCAUGCUGUGGUUCCUGGGAGGAGACCCCCUUAAGUUGAGAGAAUGAAGCAGCAAUGGUGGAGUGAACGUGUCCAUACCACUGACUCUACAGGAAGUUCUGUAUCAGAGAGGUAACUGCCAAAGACUUUAAACCAUGUCGUGUUAAGGCAAGGCAAGCAUAUUUCAAGGCAAUUCAAGUGCUUCACAUAAAACAUAAAAUGCUUUGAGACAAAAUGUAAGCAUUAAGCACCAUAAGGCAAUAUAAAAAUACAUUUAAAUAGUUCUAACCAUUCAGUACUUUAUAAGCCAACAACAGUAUUUUAAAAUAAAUUAUCUUCCAGUGUAAAGCCCUCUUGAAAUCA